AUGUCUGGUAGCACUGACCCCACACCUUCGACUAGUUCGGCCGCCGAGGCCAACAGGAAUAAAGGCCAAGGAUUUAGGAACCAUUACGGUGCCAUUGUCAUUGGCAGAAAGUACAGCACCAAAAAGUAUUGCGAUUUCUGCGAUAAAGAUGGCCAUAGAAGGGCAGAGUGCGAAGAGUUUGAAACGAAGAAGAUAGCUGAUCUUGAGGCAAAAAAGGCUAAGUACGAGGCAAGAAAGGCCGAGUAUAUGGCAAGACUAGCCCAGACGCAAUGUUAUAAUUGCAAGAAGCUCGGACACCUGGCAAGAGACUGCUCGGCUCCGAAGGCCACGAAGAAGUGCCUUGCCCCAACAUCCCAGGUGCCAGUGAAAAACUCCCGUACCUGA